GCUCACGUGUGCUUCAAAAAUUGGGAUGGUACUUCCACAGCAAUGGAAGCUGAUAUUAUUGUGGAAGGAUUUCGGCAAAGCAUUCCAAUGCAUAAUAUUAUAUAUAAUAAGCUUAUAGGAGAUGGUGACUCAAGUGUAACUAAAAAAUUAUUUCUGGCUAAACCAUAUGGACGCGAUAUUUUUGUUAAAAAAAUUGAAUGUAUGAAUCACAUUCUCAGAAAUUAUCUGAAUCGAAUCGUUGAUUUGUCCGUCCAUCGAAAAAGUUCUUCUGGAACAAUUGUACCUGGAUUUCUUAGGAAAGUUUUAAAAGAUAAACGACUAAAAUUACGGUGUGCAAUAACCAAGGCAAUAGUUUUUCGAAAAAAUAUGACGUUGCAUCAUAAUGAAAAAGUUGAACUUUUAAAACAAGAUAUAUUGAACAGCCCAUACCAUGUAUUCGGAGAUCAUUCUAAUUGUGCCAAUUACUUUUGUAAUGGUCCUAAAGAAAGUGAGGUAAAUUUAGUCCCUCAAAUGGAAAAUUGUGGACUGUUCAAAGAUAUUUUAGGAGCUAGAAAUAUUGUCGCUCAUCAUGCUCAAAGCCUAAUAUACAACGUAAACAAUAAUGCAGUUGAAGGCUUUAAUAGUAUUGUUGCCAAGUAUGUAGGUGGAAAAAGAGUCAAUUUUUCUUCUAGAGGCUCAUAUAGUGCACGAUGUAAUACAGCGGUAACAUCGUAUAAUUGUGGACCAAAAUAUAUUAGUAAUUUACAUAAACAAAUUACGAAUACUAGCCCUGGAUUAUUUACAAAACAAUAUAUAAAAAGAGCAGAAAGAUCAAAAUUAAAACUAAAAUGUAGACGUUUAAAUUUCGAAAGAACGUUUCCAAAGAGAACAAAAAUUAUUGACGGACCAGAUGAAAAUUAUGGAGCUGUAAAUGAAUUAGAGUGUAUAAUAACUGAUAUGCCACAUGACAAAUAUUUAAAAGAGAAAAAAAUAUUUUUAAAUAAUUUAAAGCUAACUAUAAAAGAAACAGAAGAAGUGGAAAGAAAAACUGUAGGACAGCAAAAUAAUAAUGAAUGGCAAAAGUAUAGGAAAUCACGUCUCACAGCUUCAAAUUUUGGCAAAGUGUGUAAGCUUAGAGCAAGCACUUCUCGGGCAAACACCGUCAAAAACAUACUCUAUGAUAUUUUCCAAGGAAACUCUGCAACUCGGUACGGCAUUGAAAAUGAACCAAUGGCCAGAAGAGAUUUUGAAAAAAAAUUUAAUGUUAAAAUUGAACCAGCAGGGUUAUUUAUACACACAAAAUUUAAUUAUUUAGCCGCAAGCCCUGAUGGACUAAUAGGCAAAGAUGCAAUAAUCGAAAUUAAGUGUCCUCAAAGUAUAAAGGAGUAUUCACCGGAAGAAGCUGUAAAUAACAAAAAAUUAAAAUAUAUGAUUUAUAAUAAUGAAAAACUAAUAUUAAAAAAAAAUAAUUGUUACUAUUUCCAAGUACAAGGACAACUUAAUAUUACAAAACGAAAAUGGUGCUAUUUUGUAGUGUGGACGCCCAAAGGUUUUGUAGUUGAUAAAAUAUUAAGAGACGAGGAAUUUUGGAAAAAUAAUAUUGAACCACAGUGCACAACAUUUUAUAUGGAAUCUUUAGUCCCAGAAAUUAUAGACUCGAGAUUUGAUCGAGGAUUACCUAUAAGAUCUGGUUUACCGGAACCAUAAUAUUUGUAUAUAUAUUUUUUAAUAUAUUCUCUAAAUUAAUACAUACAACGUGUAUUAUUAUAAUAUAUAAUCCUUUAU